ACAUAUCUGACCGCACCAUCCCUCCUCUUCCAUAUCCCAUAUUCUCCUUCUUUCUCUCCCAAUUUUUUUCAUUAUCCUUAAAAUGCUAUAUCCAUUUCCAUUCCCAACUUCUACCCUAUUAACCCUCCCUCCUUCUCCUUCUCCUUCUCAUUUCUCCUCCAAACUUAACGCCGCCAUUACUUCCAAACAAAUCCAUCUCAAACUCUCCGUUAACCCCCCUCCCUUCAACAACACAUUAACAUCAUCUCACGGUGUCACCGACAAGCUCAACAAUCUCACCAUCGAAUUUUCCUCUCUCUCCGAACCCAUCGACCGAGUAAAAAGAUUAUUACAUUACGCAUCUCUCUUGCCACCCUUAGACCGGUCCGACCGGGUUCCAGAGAACCGGGUGACGGGUUGUUCGACAGAUGUUUGGGUGGUGGCCCACAUAGACAAAGGUAGGAGAAUGAGGUUUCAAGCAGACAGCGAUUCGGAGAUAUCGAAGGGGUUCUGUUGGUGUCUUGUUUGGAUGUUUGACGGCGCGGAACCUGAGGAAGUGCUUAACGUCGAGAAAGAUGUUUUGGUUGGUAUGAAUGUAGGUUUGAAUAAUGUUAAAGCACGUUCUAGGAUUAACACGUGGCAUAAUGUUUUCUUUGCCAUGCAAAAAGCUACACAAGAUUUGAUUUAAGAAAAAUGUGUUGUAAACCAAGUAUUAUUGCACACGUUUAUCCGAGUCUUGUAGGAUUCAGAUGGUCGGAAAAUUUGAAUCACGAUUUGAUAUGUUUAAUUGGUCUUUCUCACGUGUGGAGGAUGCUAAGGCUAGCUUAAUUUUCCCUAUUUUUAUUUCUCCUCAUAGAUAUAUAUAUAACCUUUCUUGUAUUGGCUGGGUCAAUAGAUUAUAAUAGGGUUGGAGGGGUCAAUUUCUUUUUCUUCUCUUGAAAAAUUGUAUAAAGAAUAGUUUAACUUUAUUUAGAUUAAAAUUUAGAUUUUGGGUGAUGGGAGAAAACAAUGUGCUUCAUAGAUUAUAAGUUUUUUUGUUUUGAAUAAAUUCAUAGAUUAUUAUGAGUUGGAUGCAUGUUGUUACAACAUUGCAUUUGCAUUUGUUUGGUGUACUUGUAGGUUAGCCCUUAAAAAUAUUGGAGUCAAUGACAAAACAUUUGCUUUUCAAUAA